AUGAGAUUCCCGCUCUUGUCAGUUGUUUUCCUGACGAAGUUCGUCGGUGCUGAUUAUGCCCACCACAACGUCCAUGUCAACGACUCGAGUCAUCUCUCUGUCAAGACACUCACGGGGACCUAUACAGGACUGAUCGAUCUCAACUUCCCUAAGACGAGACAGUUCCGCUCCAUCGCAUUCGCCGAACCGCCAAUCCAGGCACGCCGAUGGCUUCCACCACAGAGACUCCCACCCUCUGAUGAAAAUCGCAACGCUUUCGAGCUUCCGCUCUCGUGCCCACAGUUUGUAUCCUCAGUCCCGUCACUCUUGAGCACGUACUUCGCCGAGGGAGCCCUGAUCUAUAAUGGGGCUCAAAACCAUACCUCCGGGUUCGUGGGCGCAGCCACAUCCGAAGACUGUCUCUACCUCGCCAUCUGGACGCCCGCAAACGCGACCAUAAACUCGAAGCUCCCAGUUCUUGUUUUCCUGCCCGGCGGUGGUUUCCAAAACGGCGGGAUCAACUCGGGGUAUUAUAACCCCACCUCCUGGAUCGAGCGCUCGCAGUCGCAUAUCGUCGUCACUGUCAACUACCGCGUCAAUAUCUUCGGGUUCCCAAAUGCCCUGGGUUUGAAGGAACAGAACCUGGGUAUCCUGGAUCAGAGGAUGGCGCUGGAAUGGGUGCGCGACAACAUUGCAGGGUUUGGUGGUGAUCCUGCUGCUGUCACACAGUGGGGUCAGUCGGCAGGAUCGAUGUCGAGCGACAUUCAUGCGCAUGCCUUCCAUGAGGAUCCCAUCGCUCGCGCGUACUUUUUGAUGUCUGGUACCGUGUUUAGCGGUACCGCGAUUACCGAUACAAUGUUUUCGAAUUUCACGUUCGUUGCGCAGCGCUUUGCAUGCGAGGGCGGCGAAGGAAACAGCAGCGUGGCUGUACUCGAUUGCAUGCGCAAAGUCCCAUUCGAGAACAUAACGAACUUUGUCGGGAGAUAUGGAGACAGCGGCGCGUCUCCCGCCUUGUCCUUCCUGCCGGUGGUGGAUGACCGUAUCAUCUUCUCCGACUACGCUGCAAGAGCGAGUGCUGGCAAGGUCGCACGCCUGCCAGUGAUCCUUUCGAGCACAGCCAACGAAGCCAGCUCGCUCGUCCCGUUUCCGGCAGAUGAUCCAACGGCAGGUUAUCCACAGGAAGUCGUCCUCGGAGUUGAACUGGCAGGGUUCAUCUGUCCGACAUACAUCUCGACAUUGGAACGCAACAACGUCUCCGUCCCGGUGUAUCGCUAUCAGUAUGCGGGCACAUAUCCGAAUCUCAAUCCGUUAGCGUGGACGGGUGCGUACCAUGGCGAAGACAUUCCGAUGGUAUUUGCAACAUAUGAUUUUGUCAAUGAGGUGGGCGAAGUUCCACUACUUGAGGCCGAAACUAGCCGGGCGAUGCAAGAACAUGUUCUUGCUUUCAUAAGAGAUCCAUUUUCCGGUCCCCAGAAGCUCGGUUGGAGAGCUGUAGAUGCCAGAAAUCCUCAGAACGGAACAUUGAUUCGAUUUGGCACAGGUGGAAAGGCCAUUGAUUAUGUGAAUAGCCUCGAGGUAGAUGGUGUGUGUCAGGGGCUCGGAGACUACAAUGCUUUUCCAUGA